ACAGUAACGCAAAUCCUUGGGCUAGCAAUCAAAUGCUACGGGAGCUGAAAAAGAGAGACGUGGGCAUCACAUAAGGCAAGUCUCCCUCUUACCUGCGCAUCACGUAGAGGAGGAGAGGGAUCGAUGGUUACGACCCUGCAGUCGAAGCCGCCGGCGGCGGCCGCGCCGGAGCCGUGGACGACGUCGGCGGUGACGAGCGGCGUGGCGAAGACGCUGGCGCAGCACCACCGGACCGUCGUCGGGUUCCUGUUUGGCUUCUUCCUGGUCCUGCUGCUCUACACCGUCCUCUCCGGCCAGGUCGGCUCGGAGGACGCCAUCGUGAGGGCCGUCACACAACCGUCAACGCCUGCCGUGCAUACCGAUCAAAGAGGCAGGACCACAUCUCCUCCUGCUUCACCGACGUCCAUGUCCAGAAACGCGACACAAGCAGUUCAUGGCAAUGGGCACAAAAAGGAUGCAAGUGAGAAGACCGGGGAAGAUACGAAGGACAGCGGACAUGGAACCGACAAGAAUAACCAGGAGGGAUCCAAAUUCGAUAACUUGGAAGGGAAAAAUAAUACUGAGCAGUCCAGCGAGCCAGCUGUGAACGAUGCAAGCGACAGGAUUGAGGAAGAGCUUAUCCAGCAUGACAUCGAUCAAGCCGGAACGAGAAACAAGACUAACCAUAAACUUGGUACGCCUCGCAAGCCAAUCUGCGACCUGUCAGAUCCUAGGUACGACGUGUGUGAGAUCACCGGCGACGCACGGGCCAUGGGCACCAACCGGACCGUCCUCUACGUGCCGCCGGUGGGAGAGCGUGCGGGUGGCGACGGCCAUGAGUGGAGCAUCCGAGACCAGUCGCGCAAGUACCUGGAGUACAUCAGCAAGGUGACGGUCAGGUCCCUGAACGCGUCGGCCUCCCGGGCUGCGCCCGCGUGCACCUCCCGCCACGCCGUCCCGGCCGUCGUGUUCGCCAUGAACGGGCUCACCUCCAACCCGUGGCACGACUUCAGCGACGUGCUCAUCCCGCUCUUCAUCACCGCCCGCUCCUUCGAGGGCGAGGUCCAGUUCCUCGUCACCGACCUGCAGCCGUGGUUCGUCGACAAGUACCGGCUCAUCCUCGCCAACCUGUCCCGCUACGACGUCGUCGACUUCAACCAGGACGGCGGAGUCCGGUGCUACCCGCACGUCGUCGUGGGCCUCCGCAGCCACCGCGACCUCGGCAUCGACCCGUCCCGCGCUCCGCGGAACUACACGAUGCUGGACUUCCGGCUGUACGUCCGGGAGAUCUACUCGCUGCCGCCUGCCGGCGUGGACAUCCCGUUCAAGGCAGCGGCAGCAGCCGGCGCCGGCGUGGCGACGGGGGAGCAACGGAUCAGGCCGCGGGCCAUGCUGAUCAACCGCGGCCGGACGAGGAAAUUCGUCAACUUCCCGGAGAUCGCGGCGGCGGUGGAGGCCGCGGGUUUCGAGGUGAUCCCGAUCGAGCCGCACCGUGGGCUCAGCAUCGAGGAGUUCUCCCGGGUGGUCGACUCGUGUGACGUGCUCAUGGGCGCGCACGGGGCUGGCCUGACCAACUUCUUCUUCCUCCGGACCAACGCGGUGAUGCUGCAGGUGGUGCCGUGGGGGCACAUGGAGCACCCGUCCAUGGUGUUCUACGGCGGCCCGGCGAGGGAGAUGAGGCUGCGCGACGUGGAGUACAGCAUCGCCGCCGAGGAGAGCACGCUCUACGACAAGUACGGCAAGGACCACCCGGUGAUUAGGGACCCGGAGUCCAUACACAGGCAAGGGUGGCAGUUCGGGAUGAGGUAUUACUGGCUGGAGCAGGACAUCAAGCUCAACGUCACCAGAUUUGCACCUACACUGCACCAGGUGCUCCAAAUGCUCAGGGAAUAAUACUGCAAGCCUUAGGAUUAGAGAUUCUUUUGCCGUUUGGACUUCAAAAUGCGUGCAUGUCUCUGUUUGUUAGGUUGUAUUGCACUGUCUGCAUGUUUAAACAAAUAAAUAGCACAAGUGAACAACCCAUUCCAUUUAUGGCUCACGAACAU